AUGGAGGUGAUAUCGGAAUUGGUGGGACCUGCUACUUCAGCGCAGUGGACGCAACUCUGGGGCACUUCAUUCGGAUCCGCUUCAGUGCAACCCACGAGACGAUCGGCUCACGCUAUCGCCACUUUUGAAGAUAAUUUGUAUCUCUUCGGAGGCAUCAGUACGAACGCAGCAGAUGAAGAUGUCGAGUACAACGACACGUGGGUAUUCGAUCUUGUUGACAGACAGUGGACCGAGUUAUCCGUCGGGAACAACCGACCUUUGAACCGUUUCCACCAUGCUGGAGUACUUCAUACGAACACUACUGUCAACGAGUUCAUUGUAUUCGGAGGACUGUCACUUUUAGUUGCAAAGAUUGAUGAGGGUACAGCCACAACGAACAGCGUCCCAGUAGUGCAGUACAACGAUGUUUGGCGAUUGUCUUUAACAGAUAGCACGCCGAAAUGGGUCAUGGAUCCCAGUCCAUCGAACUCAACCAGAGAUGUACCGGACGCACGAUCCGAGGCUGGUGUCGUCAUUCACAACGACUUUUUGUACAUGUUCGGUGGGAUAGCGUACGACGAGAAAGGCGAGGAAGCCCCAGUGGACUACAACGAUCUGUGGAGAUACGAUCUCAGCUCAUACGUCUGGAAAAAGAUCGAGUCUACCGGAGAUCGACCCCCGACUCGCUUUUCUCAUUCCGUCGCGUUGUUACAUGACAAUAGCGAGAAAAGCGAGGCCUAUUUGCUCGCAUACAGCGGUAGACACUUGUUGUUUUCAAGUUGGACAUUGCUGGACGACGUUUGGGUCUUCGAUUUCAGCAAAAAUGAAUGGAUGGGUAUAGCACCCUCAGCCAGCGUUCCUCGCGCAUACACGUCGAUAGUCACCACAAAAGGGAAUAAUAUGUGGUUCUUUGGAGGGUACUAUAAGCCACAAAAGAGCUCGAGUGGCUACGUCUACGAGGACAUUGUUCUCGGCAAAUUUGACUUCGAAAAUAGGAAGAUGGAAGCGCGGCAUGCUGUCACUGAGAGUGAUAGCGCAUCUCCUCCACUGCGUUACAAUCACCGUGCUGCUCUUUGGCGUGGAGAUAGUAUGGUGAUUCACGGUGGGAGCUACCAAAGCCAAUUGGGUGACGUGUGGGUUUAUAACACCACAAACGCAGUGACGACGGACGCAGCUACCAGCACGCUUCCGAUAGACCCAGAGUCACUCGUUUACGUGCUUGGAGCCUUCAUUGUCACAGUCGUGUUCGUUCUAUUAGCUCUUCUCGUUCGUUGGCGACGCGCGGAUCGAAGAAAUCUGCGUGCUGCUCAGAUACGCGGAGCUGCGGUUGUUCGUGGUGUGACGAAGGAAAGAUUGGAUCAACUAAGGAUCACGAAAUACAAUCGUGCGGAACGGAACCCCGAGUCACCAACGGAGCUUCUCAGUCCAACCAGCGUGGGCUCGAUAGAAAACGAGGAUAUCUGUCCAAUUUGCUUGAUUGAAUUCGAAGACGGUGAAGACGUUCGGAACCUUCCGUGCAAGCACAUUUUCCACGUAGCUUGCAUUGACGAGUGGCUGAAACGAAACACGUCAUGCCCAAUGUGCAAGAGUAAUGUGGACUUGGAUGCAGUGGAUAUCACAGUGGAAAACCUUGCAAGAGGAGGCGCCGUCGUCACACCCGUUACGACCACCAGCUAGAAAGCAGACACGACAUUGUCA